GUCGACUCCGUCUCUCCGGCCGAGAGACGUGCCUGCAGUCACAGGGUUUAUUUAACACGUAGUCGAAACCCACCCAGCUCUCACACACUGCGCGUGGAGCCUCCCCAGACACACAAGCGAACGCGGAUCUCAGGGUGACAACAGCGCGCCGUGCCCAACUUCAGUUCACAGCGGGAAAUAAUACGCGGUGGAUAAGAGGAGAUACUAUUUUCUUUUUAUCUCCAAUUGUAUUUAUUUUUGUGUGCUUUUUUUUCCUCUUUUCAUUUUUGCGGCUGAAGAGACUCAUCGUGAACGAAGCUUUUAAAGUCAUUUUCUUUUAUCGGUUUCGCAUUUAAACAGCAUGGAGAGGAUUACCCGUGCGUAAACAGCUGUCCUUACGCAAAAAUACCAAUCACUGGAUAUUCAUUGAAGCCAGCAGGGAUGGAUUAUCCUAUUUACAUGUACAAACAAAGAAGGGGCUUAAAGAACAGGGACGACAGCAAGGAGACGUACAAGCUGCCUCACCGCCUCAUCGAGAAGAAGCGACGGGACAGAAUCAACGAGUGCAUCGCCCAGCUGAAGGAGCUGCUGCCAGAACACCUUAAGCUCACAACGCUGGGUCAUUUGGAGAAGGCUGUGGUGCUGGAGCUCACUCUCAAGCAUGUCAAAGCCCUGAGUGGGAUCCUGGAGCAGCAGCAGCAGAAGAUUAUCGCGCUGCAGAAGGACCUGCAAAUAGGUGAUCACGCAGGCGGCAACGAGAACGGCGAGGAGAUGUUCCGCUCCGGCUUUCACCUGUGCGCAAAAGAGGUCCUCCACUAUCUGGCCAGCCAGGAAAGCAGCAGCGGCAGCAGGGACUUGAACCCUUCCCACAUGAUCAGCCACAUCCAAAAAGUAGCCGCUAAAGUCCUGCAGCACCAGAGCAGCACGCACCCGGACGAGUCCGUCCCCGUGCAGUUCGAGAGGCCCAAGAAAGCUGCCGCUCAGCCCCCCAGGUCCUCCGAGGGCUCCGCCAAGAACUGCGUUCCCGUCAUUCAGAGGACUUACACCCAUGGCACGGGCGAGCAGAGCGGCAGCGACACGGACACAGACAGCGGCUACGGCGGCGAGCACGACAAGCGCGACCCCAAAACCCAGUGGUCGGAGCGGCACGCCAAGGAGGGCGGCCUCAAGCGCGCCGUGCCGGCCGAGCGCUUCGCCGGCGCCAUCAAGGAGGAGGGCGACGGGCCGCGAGCCAAGCGGUCCAGGCCCGACUGCGAGGAGGACGAGGCCGCGUCCGGCCCCGCCACCGAAGACCUCGGCGGCUACAUGAGCUUCUCCCCCAACCAGCCUCCCUUUUGCCUCCCCUUCUACCUCAUCCCCCCCGCGGCGGCGGCAGCGGCAGCCUACCUGCCCAUGCUGGAGAAGUACUGGUACCCCGGGGGCAUGCCGGUCAUGUACCCCGGCAUGGGCGGCAUGCCCCCAGAGACACUUCCCUCAUCCAUGGUGAUGUCCCCGAGGGCAGGCUCUCCCGUUCCCCACCAGGACCCCCGGGACUCUCCUGCUCUUCACAAAGCUUUAAAGCAUGGCCCCCCUUUGAACUUGGAAACCAAAGACUAAAUAGAGGUGUUGCUGUUGAAGUGGACCCCUCUGGUUGUUAAACGGGGUUCAACUGCUCACUAGCUCACCCUAAACUGCAGCGGCACACUGAAGCGGGACUUCAUGGAGGGCGCCCUGGGCGGUGCCCACGUGAAGGCUGGUGGUUGCCCCGAGACACCGUCCGCGGUAGAGAGGAGGAGUGCGAAAGGGAUCGCGAUAGCAUCUGGUUUAACUUUAAGAUCGCCCUCCUAAGAAAAAAGUGAUUUGGACCUACUUUUGCACAAACACCAGUUUCCAAUGAAUGUACAAAUUGGACAGAAACUCCCCUGUAGAUGCUGCUUGAAGUACGACCUGCUGUAGAUCUGCGACUGGAGGAUCUACCUUCAAUGUUUGUCGCUCAUGUAACUGCAACAAACCUUUUAAUUUUGUAUUAGAAUGUUACCAAAAAAUAAACGUCUGCAGGCUUUCACCCAAUCGUUAACGAACAUCGGCGUUCACAGAAGUCAGGGCGUCGUCGGCGUACGAGGUGUGUCAUUCACGUCUCCGGAAGAGUGAUGUGGCCAUAUGUGCUUUUACGAUUUAACUGUCCGUGCAUCUAGAUAGAGUUCCUGUGAAGUAACGUCUUGUAAUUAUUUUUGUUUAUACUGCCCGCACAUCUCUAUUUUUGAUACGUGACCUGGCUUUAUGUGUGACAGGAAGGCUGAGCUCAUCUUUUUGAGGUCUGCCAACAGGACGUGUACAGUCUAUAGCACCGCGCUCAAACCAGAUUUGCAUCGUGUUCACAAAUUCCUGGUCGGGUUAAAGCCUGAUCUUAGCUCAUGCUGUUGCCUUUACUCGCUGAACGCAGACACAACAGCAGCAGGUGUUUGAAAUGUAUUUGCUUUACAUGUUGUGUCUGUACAGAGUGAAUGUAAAGUUCAAACAAAAAUAAUAGUUUUGUAUAGAGAGAGGUACUUGGAAAUUUUAUUUUGAAAUGUAACAAAAUGUUUUUUGUUGUAUGUAUUUUGUAAAUAAACUAUUAUUGAUAUAUAUUAAAAUUAUAAUAAAGCUUCUUUUUCCCACUGUGGAA